AUGUCAGCACUCGCAUAUUUUCAUAUAUAUAUAGGCAUAUACAAGAGUCUCACAAUAAGACUAUCUAUCUAUCUAUCUAUCUGUCUAUCUAUCUAUCUCUGUUCAUUAUCUAUUUCGUCUGUCUUUCGUGAUUUCUCUUUAUUCGUUUCUCUCUCUUUCCAGCGUUCUUUCUUUCUUUCUUUUUUCUUUCUUUCUAAUUUGACUCCCUUUCUCUCUUUCGUUCGUGCAUUUUCUACUUCUUAUGAUGUUGGUUUUUUUUUAUUUAUUUAUCUCUUUUUCUCGUCUUCUCUUUCUCUCUCUCUCUUUUUCUCUACUUUUCUUCAUCCUAAUUCUCGCGCUGUCUUUUUUCUGUCUGUCUGUCUGUCUCUCUUCGUUGCUAUUUCUCCGUUUCUCCUUCUCUCUCUCUCUCUCUCUCUCUCUCUCUCUCUCUCUUUGUCAUCCUUUUUCACUAUUUCUCUAUCAGUCAGUCUCUUAGCCUCGUUUUCAAGCUGCGACCACUCCUUUUCUCUCUCACUGUCUCUCUCUCUCUUUCUUUCUCUCUCGUUCCUUUUCACUCUUUCUUUCUUUCUUUGCUCGUCUGUCUGUCUGUCUUAUGAUUUUCUCUUUCCUUUUCCUGUCCUUUCCACUUCGCUGUCUUCUUUCUUUCUUUUUUCUUUCUUUCGUUCUUUUAUAUUCAUCAGUUCAUUCUUUUUCUUUCUUUCUUUCUUUCUUUCUUUCUUUCUUUCUUUCUUUCUUUCUUUCUUUGUUCUUUCUUUUAUAUUCAUCAGUUCAUUCUUUCUUUCAUUCUUUUUCUUUCUUUCUUUCUUUCUUUCUUUCUUUCUUUCUUUGUCUGUCGUGUCUUGUUUCUUUAUUUCUACCUCGGCGCUCUCUCUCUCUCUCUCUCUCUCUCUCUCUCUCUCUCUCUCUCCUACUUAUCUCUAUCUUAUGUUCGUUGAUAAUUAUCUGUCUCUCUCUCUUUUUUUUUUUUUUUCUCUCUCAUUCUCCCCUCCCUAUGUUUCACACUGUCUUUCUCUGUCUGUCACUCUCCCUUUGUUUCCAUUUCUCUUUUUCUCAUUCUCUCUUUCUCUUUGUCUUUUUUUCUCACUUUUUCUUUCUCUGUCUGUUAGUGUGCCUGCUUGUCUCUCUCUGUCUUGUUUAUUUCUUCACUCUUUUCUUUCUUUGUCUGUCGUGUUUUUUCUUUCUUUCUACCUCGAGUCUCUCUCUCUCUCUCUUUCUCUCCUCUCUGCUACUUCUCUCUACCUUCUUAUGACUGUUGUUAAUUAUCUGUCUCUCUCUUUUUUCUCUUUCUUCCCCUCCCCUCGUUCUCUUCUUCCUAUUUCUCACACUGUCUUUCUUUGUCUGUCACUCUCCCUUGGUUGCUAUUUCUCUUUUUCUCAUUCUCUCUCAGUGUCUUUCUUCCUCACUCUUUCUUUCUCUGCCAAUCGGUCUGUCUGUCCUGUCGUUACACACACUCAUCUCUAUCUAUCUAUCUAUCUAUCUAUCUAUCUAUCUAUCUAUCUAUCUGAACUGAAUGCCCUGCAGGAAAUCUAUGAUCAUAUGUCUAUGACGAAUGCCUGCCAUGAGAACAGUCCUUCAUUUGUAACGGUCAAACGUUGGACUUUUGAGUGUCGCUUGGGGAGACGAUCCCUUAAAGCUAAAUAUCUAUCUAUCUAUCUAUCUAUCUAUCUAUCUAUCUAUCUAUCUAUCUAUCUAAGACUUCAUUCUUCAUUUAUCUAUCUAUCUAUCUAUCUAUCUAUCUAUCUAUCUAUCUAUCUAAGCCUCCUGUUAAUAUCUAUCUAUCUAUCUAUCUAUCUAUCUAUCUAUCUAUCUAUCUAUCUAUCUAAGCCUGUUAAUAUCUAUCUAUCUAUCUAUCUAUCUAUCUAUCUAUCUAUCUAUGUAAGACUUCAUGUAUCUAUCUACCAUGAUUGUCAUCUAUCUAUCCAUACCAGUCUUCAUCUAUCUAUCUAUCUAUCUAUCUAUCUAUCUAUCUAUCUAUCUAUCUAUCUAUCUAAGCCUGUUAAUAUCUAUCUAUCUAUAUAUCUAUCUAUCUAUCUAUCUAUCUAUCUAUCUUACUGA